AGCAACACUAUUGGUUUAUCCCAAACACGUCAUAAGCUUCUGCUCGUGUCCAAAUCCAUUGAGGGAACGUCAACCUUCAAUUGACAUUUCGGGGUGACGUCUACAGCAGGUCUCAUACAAUGGUGGACCAUAACGUUGUGAACAAGCGGCUGCCGAGAAUGGCGGCAUCUCUGCUGAAGCGUUUUCCCUCAGAGAGCGAGCCCGGGAUGGAGAUGCACCACCGGAUCAGCAGCAGUGGUGGGGCCAUGGGGCGACAUUUCGACUGUGAUGUCGGUGACCCUCUGGGCUUCGACAAAACCCUAUGUAUUGAUGGUGGUGGUUCCAGGACCCCAAACCUGCUGGGGCCGUUGCUGACAGAAGACUGCAUGCAUGUCCAGAGGUCAUCUUCCCCCAGGCUCCCUCUGCAGAGCCACAUGCUGAUGCCAGCUGACCUGGAGGAUUUUAGCGAUGACUGUGACGGGUACUCUCUACCAGGCACACCGCCCCGGUCUGAGGGGGACAUCAGCUUCCUCAAACAAGGGGUCCUGGACCAGUUGGACAACCUGGAGAGCAGCCCCAAGAGAGGCAAGCGGGUUGGAGCUGUGUUUCCAGUGGGUUACACAGACUGGCAUAAACAUCGAAUGGCAGCAGUAUGCAGCGAGAGGUUUGAGCGCCUCCUGAGGGAGUGUCCAGAGUUCCAUAACUGCAAAAGCCACCUGGCUGCCUUUGUCUUAGAGAGAGAGGUGAUUGACACCGGGGGCCAGUCCUGUGAGCGCUAUGAGGUGGUGGCAUUGGGCACAGGCCAGUCGAGCUACAGCGGCUGGCUUUGCUUCAGUGGCACCGUGGUGCAUGACUGUCAUGCCAUCGUCAUCGCCAGACGGGCUCUCCAAAGGUAUUUGUUCAAGCAGCUGCUGCUGUUCUUCAGCCACGACCCCAAGCACAAGGAACGCUCCAUCUACCAGAGCACCUCCGACAGCCACCUGCUCCAGCUCAAGCCCCAGAUUUACCUGCACCUCUACACCAACCAGACCCCGAAAGGCGCCGCUCAGUGCAUCCUCAUGAAGUCUCUGAGCAGCAGCUACUCCUCUCUGAAGCUACAGUGCCACGCCAAGGGCUCCCUGAUUCCUGUGGCCUUCCUCCACCCCAGUGUGUGGGGCGCCCGCGUGUGCUGCAUGUCCGACAGCGACAAGCUGUGCCGCUGGACUGUCACUGGGAUUCAGGGCGCGCUGCUUAGCCACUUCGUCCAGCCACUGUACAUCACCAGUGUGGUGCUGGGUGACUCCAGCCAGUACUCUGAGAAGGUGUCGGAGACCAUCAACAAGCGCCUGGGCGAGGGGGGCUGGGAGGAGCUGCUGGCCCCGCCAUUCAGCAAGAAGAGUAUUUUCUUCCUCAGCAGUGAGGGGGUGGGGCCUCCACUCAGCACUGCCCACUGCACAGACCUCAGCAUCAACUGGUGCCUCGGGGACGCCAGCAUCGAGGUCCUAGACAGCACCAAAGGCUUCACUGUGGACGGUUCCCCAUUUGUGAGUGGCUCUGGCUUCUCCAGCAGGCUGUGCAAGAGGGCCCUCUACAGCAACUUCCGCAAAAUUGCAACUCUGGGAGGAUACCGCUGCCUACAGGAUCUCCCCACGUACCACAGUGCCAAAGUGUGGAGGCUCACUCCUACCAGAAUGCCAAGACCGUGGUCAACCAGCAGUUCCUGUCCAACAACGCAGGUCCAUGGAACUCUAAACACCUCGUGGACAGCUUCAGUCCCUGAGCCGCUCAGAGUGGAGGGUGGCACAGUGGUUCAUUAGUAAGGGUUUCUUUUGAAGGACAGAAGCGGUUGGAGUCUGUUACUUUCUGCAUUAAAGGUAUUCCCCCUGAGUUUUCCUGUGUUCAAAUAAGCAGUAUUGCACGCUCUGUGUGCCAAGUUUGACAGGUAUGUCUACCCGUUCUGUUUUCAUCAAGUAUUCAAUAAUGUGCAAAAUAAAGAGAACUCUGAAGUUAAUCAGAUUUAAAUCUUGAAUUAAAGGUGAGCAUGAACUAAAA